AUGGAUGCUUUUGCAGUUGGUGCUACAACAAUAGCACUGCUUGUGCUUUCUGUUCUGUAUCAACAAGUUCAUGGAGGGCUUGUAGGAAGUGAUAUCAAUGGCUGUGAUGUUUCUCAUGGCAAUUGGGUUUUGAUGAUUCAUAUCCUCUUUAUGCCGCGCCUAGCUGUCCCUUCAUCGAAAACGAGUUUGAUUGCAUAA